AUGUCGACGCGUCCGACGGGCGACGAUGACGAGCCGCAGGAGCCGAAGCCCAUCCGUCGCCUCAGCGAGAUAACCAUCAACCGCAUCGCCGCGGGCGAGAUUAUACACAGGCCCGCGUCGGCGCUCAAGGAGCUCAUCGAGAACAGCCUCGACGCGGGCACGACGUCCAUCCGCGUCACCGUCAAGGACGGCGGCCUGAAGCUGCUGCAGAUCCAGGACAACGGGUGCGGGAUCAAGAAAGCGGACCUGCCCAUCCUCGCGCAGCGCUUCACCACGUCCAAGCUCUCCUCCUUCUCCGACCUCGCGCGCCUCGCGACGUACGGCUUCCGCGGCGAGGCGCUCGCCUCCAUCUCGCACGUCGCGAACCUCUCGGUCAUCACCAAGACGAAGGCAGAUGCCUGUGCAUGGAGGGCGUGCUAUGUCGACGGCGAGCUCGCGCCCUCCAAGCCGGGGCUCAGCCCCGACCCAAAACCGUUCGCCGGCAACGACGGCACGACCAUCACCGUCGAGAAUCUGUUCUACAAUACGACCGCGCGCCUGUCCGCGCUGCGGAGCUCGUCCGAGGAGUACGCGCGCAUCCUCGACGUGCUGACCAAGUACGCCGUGCACAACGCUGGCGUGUCCUUCGUCUGCAAAAAGGCGGGCUCGCCGACGCCCGACUUGUCGACGCCCUCGUCGUCCACGACGCAUCAGGCAAUCCGGCUCCUUUACGGGCAGACGAUCGCGAAGGACCUGGUGCAGCUGCGCGUUUCCUCGUCCGAGAAGCACGGCGGCGGGAAAGGCAAGGGCAAGAGGAAGGCGGACGAGAUGGACCAGGACGAAGACGAGGCCGCGGAGGGCGAUGGCGAUGGCGAUGGUGAACGCAGCGGCGGAUGGACGGCGGAGGUGCAUUUCACGAACGCGAACUACCACGCGAAGAAGAUGACCUUUCUUCUCUUCAUCAAUCAUCGGCUGGUCGAGUCUUCGCGGAUCAAGCGGGCGAUGGAAUCCAUCUACAGCGGAGUCCUGCCCAAGGGCACAUCGCCCUUUGUCUACUUAAACCUCCAGCUCGACCCGACCACCGUCGACGUCAACGUGCACCCUACGAAGCGCGAGGUCCACUUUCUGAACGAAGACGUGAUCGUCGAGCGCGUCGCCGACGGGGUGCAGCGCAAGCUCGCGGGGCUGGGAGAGCGGACGUUCGAAUACCAGACGUUGCUCACGGGCGCGUUCGCCAAGACCGAUCUCGGGAACAAAUACAGAACGGCGCAGGAUGGCGAUGGCGACGACGCCAUGGACGAAGACGACGAAGAGCCGUCCGCUGCGGCGCCGGCACUGAAAAAGAAGACGCUCUCGCAGCACAAGGUCAGGACCUCUUUGGCGGACCGGACGCUUGACUCCAUGUUCCACGUCGCAUCCCAACUCCCCGGCGGCGCUCCCCGCACUGGGUCAACGUCCACCGCUCCGUCACCGAAGGCGAAGGAAAGACACAUCCCCGAGUCGGUGUGCUACCUGCGCAGCAUACAGGAGCUGCGGAAAAAAGUGGCGGGCGGGGCGCACAAACAGCUCACGGAGAUAAUGGCGAAGCAUGUCUUCGUCGGCGUCGUCGAUCUGCAGAAGGAGCUCAGCCUCGUGCAGUACUCCACGAAGCUGUACCUCGUCGGCCACGGUGCACUGGGAGAGGAGCUGUUCUAUCAGCUUGGGCUACGCCAGUUUGGAAACCUGCCGAAGUUCAAGCUCGACCCGCCCCCGUCGCUGCGUGCCCUCGUCGAGCUCGCCGUGGCGGUCGAAGAAGGGACCGAGCGGAGCACCCUAAGCAAGCCCCAGAUCGUCGACGCCAUCACGGACACCCUCGUCUCGCGGCGCGACAUGCUCGCCGAGUACUUUUCUUUUUGCAUCUCCGCCGACGGGCGCGUGGAGACGCUGCCGCUCCUGCUGCAGGACUACGUCCCGAACCUCGACCGGCUGCCUCUGUUCUUGAUGCGCCUCGGACCCCAGGUGAACUGGCACUCUGAGCGGGAGUGCUUCGACACCUUCCUCCGCGAGCUCGCGUAUUUCUACGUCCCGGGCCCAGUACACCCCGCCGUGCACGCCGACGCCGACGCGCACACGGAUGCAGAUGCGACAGGGCAGGCCGUAUCGGCGCACGCGCACGCUGACGCAAAUGACGCCGACAACGCCGCUGCCGCCGCCGCCGAGAAGGCGGAGAAGUGGCAGAUCCAGCACGUCCUGUUCGCCGCCGCGCGGCGGUACCUGGUCGCGCCCAAGACGCUGCUCGCGCGCGACGUGGUGCAGGUCGCGGAUUUGCCGGAUCUGUACCGGGUGUUUGAGAGGUGCUAGCGUGCUAGCGUGUUGGCUGACUGAUGAGCGCGCGGGUGCGUGAGCGUCGAGUGGGCUCACCCUGGAGCCGGGAGCCAUUUGUUGUUGUUGGGAUCGGUGCGUAGGUGCGUAGGUGUGUGUGUACGUACAGAGAGGCGGUACAUGGUAUGGCAUGAUUCGCGUACGGUGCG